AUGAGCGCAUUUACUAUGUUCGAUGAGUAUUUCUUGAAGGACCUGGGAACUGAUCAGGCAAUCUGGGCCGGAGAACCCGGUGGCGAGUUAAAGCGCUUCGCAGCCAAUGAACUGCGACCGGUGGGCGACGAGCUGUUUGAUCUUCGUUUCACCAUCGCGCAGAACCUUGCAGCUGUUUGCCUCAGGCGCAGUAUGUACAAGGAGGCCAUCGAGUGGGCAGAUGCCGCACUCUCCAUGGAUGGGAAGGCACCGAAGGCCCUGAUGCGUUUGGGCGCGGCUUUGCUACGAUCAGGCAAGCCAGGUCCGGCGUCGGAUCGCCUGGCAGCAGCACAGAAAGCCAUGCCAAAUGACCCCGAGGUGCGGAAACUGCUGCGCGAGGCAGAGCUAAAGCGCUCGCCAACAUGGGUUUGUGCCAACGGGUGCUGUGGUCCCUGGGGCCUCGUGUGCGGAGGUUCGAUCGCAGAGACCAUGCCUGGGGCAGCCGGGGUUUCAGUCGCAGGGAUGCACCGUAUGAUGGAAUAG